AUGCCGAAGAGGAAGGCAAAUGCAACCAAAGGCGGCGGGACCGCGGCCGAGCCUAGCGACAUCGUCCAAGCAUCGUCGUCGACGCGACAGAGGCAGACCGCUCGAAGUUCUUCUUCCGGUCCGACUAGCGCGAAGUCAAGCACCGCUGGCGAGUUGCCUGGCCGUCGGAAGCGCUCCCAACCUGGCGUCGUCGACAGUGCCUUGGCAAACUCGACUUCUGUCGCGCCUUCAGCUGGACCGGCAGCGGUGCUGAACAGAGACGGCCUGGUGCCUAAUGGAAGCCCCGACCGUUCACUGGUGAAGGGACAGACCUCGGCGCGAGCCAAGCCAGCCGGUGCACAAGACAUGACUGGAGGCAACGUAGCUGCAAAGAAGGCGGUGAAGCCGGCCGUGGCUUCAAAGCGAGGGCGUGCUAAGCGCGCAUCAGUCAACGCCGCAGAGUCCGGAAAGGGAGCCUCCGAAAGCCCAAGCCGUUCCAAGUCGUCCGGCGGCAACGCGGACGACACCGCAGUAGCGGUCGAGCCAACUGUCAAGACGGGAAAACGAGGGCGUGCGGCAACUCUCCAGGCCACUGUGGCAAAGAAAAACGAAGGGCGGGACACCGACAGUCUGGUCCGUUCACCGUCGGCUCACUCUAAGUCUGCUGGAGCACCGGCCGAAGCCGAUGACAGUGCAGGAGCCUCGAAGUUAACUGGAAAGCAGCCUGCAAAGCGAGGUCGUGCAGCAACUAGCAAGGCUGGUGCAGUCGUGCUGCAGCAGCGUACUAAUCAGGACCCGCCUGCUGAAAGAGGUGCAGCUGAUGCAUCAAAUACUGGAGAGGACUCGGGAAGCCAGAAACUUUUGCAGCGAAAGAGGAGACCAUUAGCCUCUUCCAAGCAACCUGGUGUGACUGCCGAUUCCAGCAAGAGUGUGGAUGCCGCUAAUGUGACAGCCAUGAAUUCAACGAAGCUGACCAAGGGCACCAAGCGAGGCCGUGCAACUGCCGUCAACCCUACCACGUCGGAGCCUCAACAACCGGAGGAACAAGGCCCACCUGCUAAGCGUACUGUGGUCAAUGUAUUGAGUGGAGGAGAAAAAUCUAGUGCCGCAACACGAGGAGCUAAACGAGCGAGUCGUUCUUCAAAGCAGCUUGGCUCUGUUGCUGCACCUAGUACCAGCGCUGAAAGAACCGCAGCUACAACUGAUGCUGACUCAGGGAGAGGUGCCAAAAGGCUGUCCACCAAAGUCCAGACUGCGGCAUCUAAGCGGCCUGGGGUACAAAAAAAACUACCUGCUAAAGGCCAAACUGCGGCUUCUAAAAGCACUGGGAAACAAAAGAAGGCGGCAGCCAAGGGGCGUCUACAGUCAAAUCCAAAACAAAGGAAGCAAAAGGGCGCUCCAUCCGAUGCUGAUGAGGUGUCAGAUGCUUCAGAUAGCAGCUAUGUAGUGCCACGUGGUUUGCUGCAGAGGGCAAAACGCAGGGAGCCUUUUUAUUAUGACUACAUUCGCCCAUUGGUAGAGGAGCAGCUAUGGAGUGACAGCAGCUUUGAUGACGAUGAAGACAUUUCAAAUGCUUCGAUCAGCAGCAUCAUACCUCCUGCUGGUUUGCUCCAACCAUACCGUCCCAAGAAUAGGCUGAUCGGUGCUGGAGGUAGUAGUUCAGGCAGUGACACUGAAGAUGAUGAUGACAUGCCUGUCUCUCCUGGAGAGGAUCUCCUGUCAAGAUGCAAGGCAAAAUUUGGCGUGGACACACUGCCACAUUCCACGACAACCACUGCUGAAGCGAUCAGCAUGCUGGUGAACUUUGCAAGCAGUCGUCGCCUUCCCUGGGGUGCCCUGACCGAACUAGUCACAAUUGUCAACAAGUUGUUUGCUCCAGCUGCAGAUGUUCUGCCUGGCCACAAGGCUUUAGCGAAGGCACUGUCAGAGAUGCCUUAA